AUGAUUCCCUCCAUCACUUAAGCACAUAAAUAAAUGAGAGAAAGUGGCAUUUCCUUUUAGACUAAGCUCUAAAAGUCACUAAAAUUGUCAGAGCAAUAUCACUCAACUGUCUACUUAAAAAGAGAGGAUCAAUAAUUGACAAGAGUAUUCAAGAUGAGAAGUGCCUUUACAUCACUACAAUCUCUUACAAAAGAGUAAAAAGAAAAAGGAGUAGUAACAGUAAGUGAUGGUAACUUUGCUUAAGCAUUUGCCUUCUUCUGUAAUCACUUCAAGAUUAAAGGUACGAUUUUUGUCCCUGAAGUCUGUUAUGGAUGGAAAAUAGAUUUGAUACAAAAAAAUGGCAAGCAAUACGUGGAAGUCAAAACAGCUGGAGAAAACUUCGAUGAAUGUGAAGAGGCAGCAAAAAAAUACAUCAAGGAAAAUGAUAAAGUACUUAUCCAUCCAAGUGACAACAUCAAAGCCAUACAUGGUUGUGGUACAAUUGGAAUUGAAAUUCUUGAUGAGAUGCCAGGAGAUGUAGAUUACAUAUUUUUGCCUGUUGGAUAAGGAGCACUUGCUGCAGGAAUUGCUACAUAUAUCAAAGCCAUGAGUCCAAAUACCAAAGUAAUUGGAGUCUAACCAGAUGGAGCUGAUUCCAUGAUUCAAGCAUUCUAAGCAAAAUAAGUUGUGAAAUAAGAACACUUCUCUAGAUUUUGUGAGGGGUCUGCUGUUCCAUCAGUACCUAAAUUAUGUCUAGACAUUUGUAUGGAGAAGCUUGAUUAAUUGGUGAAGGUUGAGGAAGGUAGAGUCAGUACUACUAUCUUGCAAUUGUAUAAUUAAGGAAUUGCAGUUGAACCUGCUGGUGCACUCUCUGUAUCUGUUCUUGAUCAAUUUGCUCAUGAAAUCAAAGGCAAAAAUGUUGUUUGCAUUCUCAGUGGAGGCACUGUGGAUUUGUCAAGAUUUGAUGAAUUCAAAGAGCAUUCGCAAUUGCAUGAAGGCUUGAAGUAUUUCUUCUUGAUUGAAAUGCCCUUUAAAUCUGGCAUUCUCAAGAACUUUGUUAGUUUUUGUCUCGGUCCUGAUGAUGAUAUCACUCACAUCUAAUUCCAAAAGAAGGCUAAUAGAGAAAGAGGUCCAUGUUUAGUUGCCAUUGAAGUUGCUAAGAAGGACAGUAUCAAACAAGUAAUGGAGAAUAUGAGGAAGAUGCACUUGUAAUUUAAAUUAGUGAAUGAUUCAAAGGAACUCUAUGAUUUGCUUGUUUGA